AGUCCUCUACACCGGAUGAUAAGCGAAACGCAGUCUUUACUGGAUGUUUUAAAACAUAGGCCGCGUGUUCAGUUCAUAUUAUAUGAAAGGCAAACUCCGCGAAACCUCAGCCAGUAGGUGCUCGCUAGUUUACCGGGAUUAACAUUUCUCGACACAUACAUUAAAAAUAAUAUAACACGCGGUAGAUAAUAACACAGUGUAAUUUAUCUGCAAGACAAGAAUUGUUUAACGUAACUGUAACUAAGCGCUUUAAUUACAAUCAGCGAGAACGAGAAAAAUUUCACACAAUGAGUAUACAAAAAGAGGUAUUACAAAAGGAAGUGAGGGUUUCAAAAUGGUAUUUCGGUGGAUUUUCGUCAGCUGGAGCAGCAUGUGUCACUCACCCAUUGGAUUUACUUAAAGUACAAAUGCAAACUCAAAAAGGAAAGAAUAUUUCAAUGUUUCAACUAGUUGGGAUAGUCGUCAGAAAUCAAGGUAUCUUGGGCCUGUACAAUGGUAUAUCUGCUUCAUUGCUGAGACAGCUAACAUACUCAACAGCUAGGUUUGGAAUAUAUGAAAUGGCCAAACAACAACUUACUCCUAAGGAUGGCCGUCCUAUUCCAUUUUACUUGACAGCAUUCAUAGCUGGAAUGGGUGGAUUUGCUGGGGGACUUGUUGGAAACCCUGCAGAUUUAGUCAAUGUACGGAUGCAAAAUGAUGUUAAGCUACCCCCUGAACAAAGAAGAAACUAUAAAAAUGCUAUUCAUGGUAUAUGGCGAGUAGCAGCAACUGAGGGUGUACUUCGACUUUGGGCGGGAGCUUCGAUGACGUGCAGUCGUGCAGCGCUUAUGACAAUAGGACAACUUGCCUUUUAUGAUCAGAUCAAGUUACUACUUCUCACCACACCAUACUUCAAUGACAAUGUUGUGACACAUGUAACGUCUAGUUUAUUAGCGGGAGGCGUAGCAACAACUAUGACACAACCUGUGGAUGUCCUGAAAACCCGUGCCAUGAAUGCUAAGCCUGGCGAAUUUAAAGGCAUUUUCCAUCUCAUUACAAGUACUGCAAGGGAAGGUCCCCUUGCUUUCUUUAAAGGCUACAUUCCAGCAUUUGUUAGGCUUGCGCCACAUACUAUCUUGACAUUUGUGUUUUUAGAACAAUUGAGAAUGAAUUUUGGUGUAAUCAAACACUAAAUAGGAAAUUUUACUAUAGGACACAGGUACUUUUAUAGUUUUGUAGAAUGGUUUUAGGAGGUGUGUGAUAUACUUGAUUAGAUAAUUUAGAUGCAUUUAGUUAUUCAAGAUAAAAAUAAUAACCAUCUUAUUUGAAAUCUGCAAACAUAACGUGCUUGUGUAGAUCUUAUAGUCAAAGUGUAGUAGAAUUUACUUAACAAUCUGUUCAUAGAACGAGAUCUGUCUUGGCAGAAGUCUGUGACUAUUCAAUACUAACAUUUUCCUGUGAGUACAGGGUAAAUUCAAUGGGCAAAAACUUUUCAAAGUUUUUAUUGAGACUAUCAGUCAAGACAGGUAGUUGAUUUUAUUUUUUGAUUAUAAUCUUAGUCAAAUAAUAUCUGAUGCAAAUGUGAUAUGGAACAAAUUCUGCAGAUGUAUAAGGUCCAGACCUUAAUGAGUAUGGUCUACAUUGCAGAACCAGUACUUCCAUGGACCGUUGUAUUUUACGGUCGUAAAUAAGUUUAUACUCAUUGUGCGAUUUGUCUACAAUAUGGAUGAUACUUUUCAUGGAUUUAUCCAUGUAUAAUCUACACAGUCUUACAGUUAGUAAAGACUUAAAACUAGCCAAUUAAAUAAUUUGUUAUUGUGAGAAUUUUUAUAGUUACCAUUUUCUUGGAUGCUUUUUAUUGUUUUUUAAUGUUUUAUACAUAAUUUAUUUUUGAGAUUUUUAUGAUUCAAAUUGAACACUUCAAGUUACGUGGUUUUCCGCUGAAAUAAGACGGUUACGUCCCCGGUUCGUCUCUUUGUACAUUAGUCACUGGUAUUUUCCCUUUACAUAAGUUCGUCUGCAAAUUCAUUGACUAGCAUAAUGAGGGUUUUUGAAAUUUUUUCUGCCACCGGGUGGCGCCACGUAUGCGUCUGGUCCAAACAGCUGUCAAAUAGUAUGGAAUUGUAGGUGCCGAACUUAUUGUUUAUUGAAAUUCUGUUAUAUUGGAAGUGUUAUUGAUUUUAUUAUGGACUACGGUCAGAAUAAGGUUUCCGAACUAAAAAUUGAGCUAAGAGAGAGGGUGCAAAAGUCACUGGUACUAAGGAAAAGCUUGUUGAAAAAUUUGUUAACACAAUAUGAUUUAGUUUUUUUUAUUUACUCAACCUCAAUAGUAAAACAAUAAUGCAGUGCUUUAAUUAUAAAAUAAAAAAACCACUAAAAUCGUUCACUAUUCAUAGUAAAGAUAAGCACUUUGACAGUUACCUGGACCUGACGACUCAGUGCGCCACCUGGUGGACGCCAUUUUAGAAAACCCUCAUUGAUAAUGCAUAUUGAAUCAGACAUAUUUUUGAAUACCGGAACCGCGAAAAAGCAUGCUAGUGUGAAAAGGCGCCACUCGCAGUUGAACUCUAGGUGCACUUUUCCACAAAUUCUUGUACCUUUAUGUUACGACUGAUUUAACAUUCCGUGCACCGAAUGUUAUGUCUGUCCCUGGAAUGAGAAACAAUGUAAUAAUAUAUUUCUUUAUUAAGCUUCAUAUAACGAUUUCAAUGAAGCCUGAAUUCGGUAACGGUUUUAUUCGUAAAGCAUUAAGUAUAUUCUUAUUAUAACUUCUUUAUAUCUUUUCUAUCCCCUAUUGAUUGCGAAGAAUUAAGUUUUAACACAUUGACAUUCCAGGUUUUCUAAAGAGGCAAAAACUAGAUUCGACAUUUUAUAUAUCAGCAGACACAUAAGUGAUCAAAGUGUAUUUUACCUGAUUAAAGACAUUCAAAAUGUCUUCCCCUGCAAGGCAAAGAUACGAGAUUAUGAUUUAUAAAUACCUAAAUUCUAUUUGGGGCUGUGUUGUUUAGAAAUUAAUUAUGUUAUGUUUUAUAUCGUGCCAAAAUUAUAUCUAAAACGAAAUAGGAGUUUCUUGGUAUUUAAUACACUAUUCCAUUAAAUAUGACAGCAGUAUCGUAAUAUUUUUAAUAGAAUUUAUUUUUGGAUGUAUUUUUAAAUGAUUUGAGUUACAUACAUUCCUCAAAAACAUUGUCUUUUAAACAGUAUUCGAAUACAUAAUUUUAGGUACGUGUUCUGUGUUCCGUAGAAAUUUAAAAAGAUUAGUGUUCUGUAUCCUUCACGUUGCUGCAUUAUUCUGGAUGAAAUAUCCAUUUGCGAUGAGUGAAGGUUGAAGGCAUCUCUAUGGUUCAUCUCUAAUUUACUCAUUGUUUCGUCUACGUUUUCUACUGUUUAUUAUUUUAAACUACUACAAAAAUGGAUGAAAUGGCAAACGUCUAAUAUAAGUAGCAAGUUGUUACAAAAAGUACCCGUAAAAAUACCAUCGCAGAUUGUGACUUCGUGGGUGGAGAGUGAACAAUUAUGACGGCCCAGUGGGGUCAGGUCUAUCAUAAGUACGAAAUAUCCUUCUUUGAUGACGGAUUCAAAAUUUACAUUUGGAGGGAGGUGGACGCCAAUAGUAGCUUGUUUUAAUGCGAUUAAAAGAAAGGUCAGCAGCUAAAACUUUAAAGAAGGCCCCUAUAUAGCUAAUGACCUUAAUUAGUCGCAAGUACACCCCGCCACAAAGUGUCUGAUGUCAUGUUAAUAGAUGUUUCUGUGUUCACAUUUGUGAAUUAGUUACACAAGGGACCAAUUAACCCGCUUUCCACUUUACGGGUAUUUUUGAAACAUCAUGUAUCCUGCUUAUAUUUUACCAAUAGAACACCCCUACUGAUAGCGAGAUUGAGUUUCUCAUUUUAUUGUAUAAACUGCAUGUUAGGUAUUCUAUCCUAUGUACCUACUAUAUAUUUACAGUGUGUUGAAUACACGUAGCCAGUUGGCUAUUUAGCAAGAAAACAGAACUUAUAUAAACUGCCUAACUAAAUGUACGAUAAAUACAUAUACAAUUUUUAUGUCAUCUAUGGUAUGUAACUUACUUUAGAUAGAUAUUUCUUCCAUUCAAGUGUCCUAAUAUAGUAACCAAUAGGUUACAUCAACAAAAUGAAUAUAUACCUAAUAGUUGUUAUUUUUAACAUAUUUGUUAUAGGCUACUGUUGUUAAUUACUAUAUCAAUGUUAUAAAAAAUAUGAGGCGUGUAUAAUUCGUAGUUCCUAAGGUAUUAAUGUUUGACAUUAAAAAUGUUAAUGGUUUCCCCAAAAUAUACUAACUUAUGACUCAUUUCUGUGUUCAAUGGUCACAAUAUCUAAUAGUUAAGUAAUUUUUAGGAAUUUAUUUCCUUUUAUGUAUAAUAUUUAUGAUAGCGAUAUAAGAACGUGUUAUUGAAAGGGAAGUGAAACAUUACAUCAUUUAUUUUAUAGAAAUAAAUCUAUGUGUCCAAUUAGUUGGAUAGGACUUGUGUAGAUUUUGAGCAUUUUUAGAAUUCCAUUAUUUUGUUCUAUGUACAUUAAAAUUCUUGUUACUGAA